AUGAAAAAUAAUUACAAUCGGGAAGAAGAAGAUUAUCUUGGAUCCGAUCCCGGCACCCUGGGCAUACUUUGGGAUGGUAACUUCAGCGAAAUCGACUUUGCUGAAUACACCAAUCGCGAUGAUCAGCACGAUUUCCGAACAAUUAUUGGCAUUUCGGUAAUGACAGCGGCAAUACUCGGCAUCAUCGCAAACUUUUUCGUCCUUGCCCUCAGCAUGCAGAAAGUUCAAGGGGAUUUUCGACAUUAUGUAGCCAAUCUAGCACUAGUGGAUAUCAUUUGCGGGUUUUUAUUUGCUUUUAUGGGUUUCGUCAACGUGGAGAAGAACGGCCGGUUAUUCAGCAUGGAACUCCUAACGUUCUGUGCCCUCGCCUUCUAUGGUUCGUUUGGCGUGAUGGUAUGCGCGUUAACACCGAUCUCGCUAUCCAGAAUCCUGGCAGCCAGCUGCCCGGCAGUCUAUGAAAAGCUAUUUGCUGGACCAAAGGCAAUGCUUAUUUGCAUUUUGAGCGACCUGGCUCCCGUUUCCCUCCUCGUCGUCAUGUGUUUCGCUAAUCAGCAGCUUGCGAGAUGGUUGUUCUUUUGCUAUGCGAUUGUCACGGUCGCUGCUUAUUUAAUUGCUUUCAUUUCUAAUACAAUGGUCUUCCGGAUAGUUGCUCGACACAUACGGGUGGUGCAAUCACUUCGCGAUGCCUCGCGGCUUCUCGAAACUCGACAAAUCGCCAUAGCCACCCUUGCACAAGCGUUGGUGCCGUUAGUUUGUCAGGUGCCAGCGUUUCUGACCCUAUCAUCUUCACUUCUUCAUGUCGAGCCGGUCACUACUUCAGAAGUGAUUGUUCUGACACAGCUUUGGUUAGCUGCGAGUCCCUUAUUUGAUGCAUUAAUCACGAUAGGGGUGAUUAAACAAUAUAGAAAAGAAACGAUACGUCUAUUCACUUCUUCAUGCAAAGGUGCGGCCAAACGAAAGCCGACCUCAACAAUGAUCUACAGCGACGAAAAAGAAGCAUUUGAUACGCCAGUC